AUGCCUCCCAAGAAAGGUUUCCAUAAAUCGUUACCUGCACCGAUCAGUAAUUCUACGUUGGCUCCAUCUCGUCGAUCACCAAGAGUCCCGGCGCCGAGCAAACCCAUAAUCCAGCCAGCUCCGCCAGCCAAGAGUAUCGAUCUCACUACUGCCUCUCCUCCUCGCGAGGUUCCAGACGACCCUUACCUCUGUAUUUCCUACACACCUUCCUCUACAGCUACCAUGAACGGGAAACUACAAAAUUCUCCGUCGGAAACUCCUGCGAAGCGGCGCCAGGCUUUCCAGGCGAAGCCGUCCCGACUAUCAAAUGUUUAUACCCCAGCGAAAGAAGCACAACCAUCAGUCUUAAAUUCAGCAAGUCGGACGACCCGAAGGACAGCAGGACUUGAAACUCCGAAGAAACAAAUGACGGAUCAAGAAUUUCCCGAAAGUAUCGACACUACGGGCUGGGUGCAGGAUCAACAUACGGGGAAUGAGUUCGGCUACGACAACUCGAUUAGCGACGCAUCCCCCACGAGCGCAUCUUCUGCUACUCGUCUAUCCGCACGAUCUCGGAAAUUAACUACGCGUGCUAUCGAGGCACUCGAUUCUAAAAAGAAACCCCGAAAGCAGAGAACCGCGCCUGCGUCGACAAUUGCAGAGCCACCUACAGAACAGGUCGAUAUUAAUAGCGGUCCGACGAAAAUCAAGCGAAAAGGGAUGAAAGGCAAGCGAGCGAGCAAGAUCUUCAAGCAGUUGAGAAAUAACAGACCCUCUCGUCUGAAGAUCCAGCUCCACGCGGACCAAGCCGGCCAAAAGCUGUACGAGCUCGUUGUAGUUGCCUUGAACACCGAUUUUACACUACCGUCUGACCCCGAGCUAUUCAUCGCAAAUGCGCGAAAGCAAUUUGAGCAGACAUCGCUUGUCAAAUCGUCCGAGGAAGAGCCUGUCAUGUCUGCUGCUGCCUCCCCGAGCGACCGCGACCCCGCGGCUGCGGAGGCAACCGCCUCAUCCGGCAAUGCGGGGAUAUCCAGUGUGGAAACCCACGUUGAUCCCAACGGUGUCACCAAAAAUCAAACCAAUGGUGUGAUGCAGGACGAAAGGGAUAAAUUUCCCCUUGGGGUGACCAACGGCAAAACUAGAGGCGAACCUAAUGGCGAGCCCAUCCCCGAGGUAUCAGGAACAUCCUCAAUCAAAGACCUGAAGAAGAUAGCAGAGUCCCAGCUAGAGGCCGAUGGAUGGACUCGAACAGGCUACGUGAAUGACUUGAACGAGGAAAUCCUUCUGACACCACCGGGCCAAACUGCGUACCGUGCACCCCACACCUACGGCGACGAGAACCUGCCAUUGCCACCAGUGAUUUCUCGCCCAGAGCAACAGAUCGAGAUCGACAAUAAUCUCGGAUUCCCGCCGCUCAUGGGCGACCGUAAUAUUCCCUUCUACGCCCCGUCCGAGUUCUCCACGGAAGAUAUUACAGAGGAGAAAGCCCGAUCCCAAGCCCACAAGAGAAAGCGCUCACAAGCCGAGCUGGAGAAGCGCCCGAGAAAGAAGAAGCGAGACUCAGCAAAAAUAACCCAGCCAGGUCCGACGACCGAGGAAAAGCCAAAGAUCCAGCGACUGAAACUGAAGCUGAAUCCGCCAACGGAGGCAGAUAGACAGGCCGGCGCGGUGAUUUCCUCUGCUUCUGCCGCUGGUCCGACCCAACGUGGAGCACCGGGUCAAGCUCGCAGUCGAGGUCGAGGCGGCCCUGGAACUCCGCGUGCUAGGGGAUCGCCCCGUGGAGUUACUCGCGGUAGAGGCACGCCUCGAGGUGCUGUUCGUGGUGCCCUUCGUGGUACUCAGCGUGGUGGUUCUGCCCGGGGUGGUCCUUCUCGUCCUAGUACCCCCCGCAGUCGAGGACGCGGCCGUGGACGUGGAAAAUAA